AUGGCGCGUCUGCUGGCCCUGCUGUGGCUCGGCGUGGCCGCCGCCGCGCACCUGCCAGGUGCCCGAGCCGCCAGCUCCACCGAGGAGCCCCCUGGGACUGCGUGGGGCCUGCAGGGGCGCAAGGUGCUCCCUGGCCAGCCCUCGCCCACCCUGGAGGACUGGGGAGAGGCCAGCGAAUGGACGUCUUGGUUCAACGUGGACCACCCUGGAGGCGACGGUGACUUCGAGAGCCUGGCCGCCAUCCGCUUCUACUACGGGCCAGCGCGUGUGUGCCCGCGGCCGCUGGCGCUGGAGGCGCGCACCACCGAGUGGGCCUUGCCCGCGGCCGUGGGCGAGCGCGUGCACCUGAACCCCGCGCGCGGCUUCUGGUGUCUCAACCGCGAGCAGCCCCGGGGCCGCCGCUGCUCCAACUACCACGUGCGCUUCCGCUGCCCGCUAGAGGCCGCGUGGGGUCCGUGGGGCCCCUGCUCCGGGAGCUGCGGGUCUGGUCGUCGUGUGCGCCACCGCAGCUGCCCGAGUCCCGCGGGCGAGGCCUGCCCGGGGGGUCCCCAGGAAGUGCAGAAGUGCGAGCGGCCUCCGUGCCCAGGGUGCGGCCCGGAUGGCUGUGGGUGCUCCAACCACACGCUCCUAGGCUCCGUGGUCACCCCGGCCGGCCGGCCGCUGCCGGGAGCCAGGGUCUCCCUGUGGGGUCAGCGGGACGUCAUGGUGACCAGCGACGCCCACGGAGCCUUCCAGCUGCCGGGGGUCUGUAAUGGGACCAACAUCUCAGCCCAGGUGGAUGGCUACUCAGCAGGCACUGCCCAGGCCCGGGCCAACAGCUCCAUCUCGGCUGUGGUCACCAUCGUCCUGCAGGAGUUGGAGAAGCCCUACUUGGUGGUGCACCCCGAAUCCCGCGUGCGAGAGGCCGGCCAGAAUGUCACCUUUUGUUGCAAAGCUUCCGGAACCCCUACACCCAAGAAAUACUCGUGGUUCCACAACGGGACCCUGCUGGAGCGGCAACAGCACAGGUACGGGGCGCACCUGGAGCUGCGGGGGCUGCGCCCGGAGCAGGCGGGCAUCUACCACUGCAAGGCCUGGAACGAGGCCGGGGCCGUGCGCUCAGCCACCGCCCGGCUCACCGUGCUGGCCCCGGGCCAACCAGCCUGCGACCCCCAGCCCCUGGAACACCUCAUCAAGCUCCCGGAGGACUGCGCCCAGCCGGGCCAGGGCCCCGCCUACCUGAACGUGGGCCGCUGCCCCGACACGCACUGCCCCGGCGCGGGGGGCUCGGGCGCCCGGUGCGGGGACAGUCCCUCCCGCUGCUGCGCCGUGCAGCGCCUGGAGAAGCGGCAGGUGCAGUGCGGGGCCCGCGCGCUGCCCGUGAAGGUGGUGGCCGAGUGUGGCUGCCGCAAGUGCCCGCUGCCCCGGGGGCUGGUGCGGGGCCGCGUGGUGGCCGCCGACUCCGGGGAGCCUCUGCAUUUCGCCAGGAUCCUCGUGGGCCCGGAGCCGGUGGGCUUCACCUCCUACCGGGGGGACUUCACCAUCGAGGUGCCCCCCUCGCCCGAGCGCCUGGUGGUGACGUUUGUGGACCCCAGCGGCGAGUUCGUGGAUGCUGUUCGGGUCCUGCCCUUUGACCCCCGGGGGGCCGGCGUGUACCACGAGGUCAAGGCCAUGCGCAAGAAAGCUCCGGUUCUCGUGGAGGCCAGCCGGGGGGACGCCAUCCCCCUGGGGGAGCUGGCCGAGGAGGGCACCCUGGGCGAGCUGGUCCUGCCGCCGGGGGGCUUCCGCCACGCCGACGGGCGGCCCUACACGGGGCCCGUGGAGGCCCGCGUGACCUUCGUGGACCCGCGAGACCUCGCCUCUGCCGACGUGGCCCCCAGCGACCUGCGCUUCGCGGACGCGGACGGCGAGCUGGCGCCGCUGCGCACCUACGGCAUGUUCUCCGUGGACCUGCGGGCGCCGGGCUCGGCCGAGCAGCUGCACGCGGGGCCCGUGGCCGUGCGCGUGGCCGCCGAGCACAUCCGCAUGGCCGGACACAGGGAGGCCCUGCGUCUGUGGUCGCUGAACCCGGGGACCGGGCUGUGGGAGGAGGAGGGCGGCUUCCGGCUCGAGGGGGCCUCGGGCGGUUCCGCGCGCGCGCGCCGCGAGGAGCGCGUGUUCCUCGUGGGCAACACGGAGAUCCGGGAACGGCGUCUGUUCAACCUGGACGUGCCGGAGCGCCGGCGCUGCUUCGUCAAGGUGCGCGCCUACCUCAGCGACAAGUUCGCGCCCAGCGAGCAGGUGGAGGGCGUCGUGGUGACGCUGGUGAACCUGGAGCCGGCGCCCGGCUUCUCGGCCAACCCGCGCACCUGGGGCCGCUUCGACAGCGCCGUCACGGGCCCCAACGGCGCCUGCCUGCCCGCCUUCUGCGACGCCGAGCAGCCCGACGCCUACACGGCGCUGCUGACCGCCACGCUGGGCGGCGAGGAGCUGGAGGCCGCCCCGUCGCGGCCCCGGCCGGUGCCCGGCACCGUGGGCGUGGCGCAGCCCUAUCUGGACAGGCUGGGCUACCGGCGCACGGACCACGACGACCCCGCCUUCAAACGCAACGGCUUCCGCAUCAACCUCGCCAAACCCAGGCCGGGCCGGGCGUCCGAGGCCAACGGCCCCGUGUACCCGUGGCGCAGCCUGCGGCAGUGCCAGGACGCGCCGGUGACCGCCGGCCACUUCCGCUUCUCGCGCGUCGAGACCGACAGGUACGAAUACAACGUGGUCCCCUUCCGCGAGGGCGCGCCCGCCUCCUGGACCGACGACCUGCUGGCCUGGUGGCCCAACCCGCAGGAGUUCCGGGCCUGCUUCCUCAAGGUGCAGAUCCGGGGGCCCCAGGAGCUCACCGUGCGCUCGCACAACGCCGGCGGCAGCCACCCGCGCACGCGGGGCCAGCUCUACGGGCUGCGCGACGCACGCAGCGUGCGCGACCCGCAGCGCCCCGGCACCUCGGCCGCCUGCGUGGAGUUCAAGUGCGGCGGGAUGCUGUCCGACCAGCGGCAGGCGGACAGGACCCUGGUGACCGUCAUGCCGCAGGGCAGCUGCCACCGGGUGGCCGUCAACGGGCUGCUCAAGGACUACCUGGCCCGGCACCCUCCCCUGGCGCCCACCGACGACCCGGCCACCUUUGCCAUGCUGGCUCCGCUCGACCCGCUGGGCCACAACUACGGCGUCUACACAGUCAGCGACCAGAGCCCGCGCCUAGCCAAGGAGAUCGCCAUCGGCCGCUGCUUCGACGGCUCCUCCGACGGCGUCUCCCGGGAGAUGAAAGCCGACGCAGGCACCGCGGUCACCUUCGAGUGCCAGGAACCCGCCGCCGGCCGUCUCAACCUCUUCCAGAGGCUGCUGGAGUCGCCGGCGGCCGUGCUCCAAGACCUCCGCCGGGAGAUGGGCCAGGCGGGGCGGGCGCAGGCUCGAACCCUGGGGCCGCUCCGCCGCUCGCGCAGGGGCAGGGCCCGGCAGUGA